AGCAGCUCACAAGCGUUCAGACAGUCACUGUCAUUGUUUGCUUUGACUCUAAAGCUUUAUGUUUAUUUAUACAGGUCUGUGAUUUAAAUGUUAUACAGCAAAUUUUUAAUCAUUAUGCUCAAAUUUAAAUGCAACUUUAUCUAGCAUUUGAAAAUAACUGUUAAAUGUGUAAAAAAAAAAAUUUAUGAAUUCUCAAAUUUUUCUUAUGUAUUUUUCUUAUGAUAAUUUACAUUUUCAGCUUUUCCAAAACAACAAAUGCAAAGUUGCCAUGAAUUCUGUAAAUGCAAGUUUUUCACAGAAUAUCUCCAUUGUUCAUCCUCAAUACUUUUUCAUCAUUGGACUUUCAGGUAUACCACAUAGCACUUAUUACUAUAUAUUUUUAUUUAUGAUUUAUUUUGUUACUAUCUUUGGGAACUCUGUAGUUCUUCUCAUUAUAGCUCUUGACCGAAGCCUGCACAGUCCAAAGUACAUUAGUGUGUUUAACUUGGCCUUGGCUGAUAUUGGUGAAACUAAUGCACUGAUUCCUAACAUGAUGAGGACUUUUCUGUUUGAGUCACAGUACAUCUCAUACAAUGCUUGUUUGGCAAACAUGUUUUUUGUGUUCUUCUUCAGUAGUUUGCAAAGUGUCACUCUUGUUGUUCUGGCAUAUGAUCGCUUCAUUGCAAUUUGUUUGCCAUUAAGAUAUCAUGCAAUUGUGAACAAUACCAGUAUGGUUUUAGUUUUUCCAGCAAUAUGGGCAUUUAAUUCUUUUAUGGUGGCCUUGAUGGUGUCUUUGAUCACCCGACUUUCAAUUUGCGAAUCCAAUGUAAUACAGAGUUAUUUUUGUGAUCAUGGGCCAGUGUAUAGGUUGGCAUGCAAUGACUAUAACCUUAAUAAGUCUGUGGGAUUUGUCAUCACAUCUUUAUACCUUAUAGCACCAAUGGUCAUUAUAUUCCUGUCAUAUUUGGGCAUUUUUCUUGCUUUAAGCAGAAUCACAACUUGGGAAAGACGUUUAAAAGCGCUUAAGACCUGUGUUUCUCACCUGUUGUUAGUAGGGAUUUAUUUCUUCCCAAUAUGCUUCACAUACCUUGCACAACUCUUGCUUGCUCUCACUCCCAAUGCCAGAGUCAUCAGCACAUCUCUGGCAUAUGUUGUUCCACCAAUGCUAAAUCCCAUCAUUUAUGUUUUAAACACAGCUGAAAUCAAAACCUUAUUGCGAAAAAUGCUUGACAACAGAUCUGCACCAAUUAGAGAUAAUAUUUCAAAAUGACUGCAAUUAUUGUUUGUUUUUCUAAUUCUUAAUAUUUAUGAUAAUAUAUAAAUAAAAGUAUCAUCAGUACUGGGACUGGAUGUAUGUGUUGGUGAAUAGCAGUAAUAUGCUAUUUAUGUACUUGUUUAUAUAUGAAUCCAGCUGUUUCCAAGUGUGUAUGUACUGCUUGUGGUCUUACUGACAUCGAGACAAAACUUGAAAAGGAAGAAUAUUUUAUAAUGUGAUUUGUGAACAAUUAUUGUUGUGUUUACUUAUUUUGUUACUCUGGGGUUUCAGCCACCAAAAUUGUACUAGCUUUCAUCUUUCACUCUUA